AGCCUGGAGAAGAUCAUUCAGCGAGACUUCUUCCCUGAUGUGGAGAAGUUGCGAGCGCAGAAGGAGUAUCUGGAGGCGGAAGAAAACGGCGACUUGGAGAAAAUGAGACAAAUCGCGAUCAAGUUUGGCUCCUCCUUGGGCAAAUCAUCGAGAGACACACCUGUACCCUAUGUUACUCCAGCCACGUUUGAAACCCCAGAAGUGCAUCCAAGUGGCCUUCCACUGGGGAAUAAAUCCAAAGCUGGUGUCAAAGCUGCAGAGGAAGGAGAAGCAGAAAAAGAUGAUAAGGAGGCACUUCCCAAUCUGGACAGCUUCCUAGCAAAACACACAAGCGAAGAUAAUGCUUCGUUUGAGCAGAUCAUGGAAGUGGCCAAAGAGAAGGAGAAAGUCAAGCAUGCUUGGCUGUACAGUGCAGAAGAGGAGUAUGCCCAGCGACGCAGUGAGAACCUGGCACUUCCUUCAGCAGAGCAGCAAGCUCUGGAGAAUGUGAAAGCCGGACUGGAGACCUGGGAAUACACAGCUCGAAACACCCUCAUGUAUUAUCCGACAGGUGUACCUGAUGGGGAUGAAGUAUUUAAGAAGCCCAGGGAAGUUGUCCAUCGGAACACCCGUUUUGUGAAGGACCCUUUUAGCCAAGCCGUGAGCAAAUCACAGCUCCAACAAGCUGCAGCCCUCAAUGCUCAGUACAAACAGGGCAAAGUGGGACCAGAUGGGAAAGAACUGAUACCCCAAGAGUCUCCAAAAGUGAAUGGGUAUGGAUUUGUGGCUACCCCCUCUCCUGCCCCUGGUGUGAAUGAGUCUCCUUUUAUGACAUGGGGUGAAAUCGAAAGCACCCCUUUGCGCUUAGAAGGGUCAGAAACACCAUAUGUGGACAGAACGCCUGGACCAGCCUUCAAGAUCCUGGAGCCUGGGCGCCGUGAGAGGUUGGGACUCAAGAUGGCCAAUGAAGUGGCAGCUAAAAACCGAGCAAAGAAGCUGGAGGCACUUCGAAAAGUGACAGAAAACUUGGCCAGCCUCACUCCAAAAGGACUAAGCCCAGCAAUGUCACCAGCUUUGCAGAGGCUAGUAAACAGGACUGCAAGUAAAUACACUGACAAAGCCCUGCGAGCCAGCUAUACUCCUUCUCCAGCCCACACCGGAACACCUGGUUACAAGACCCCAGCAAGUGGGCCUCAUACACCCACAAGCACCCCACAAUCUAGGACAGUAUCUCGGACGCCGGUAUCUCAGGAUACUACAUCAAUCACAGACAAUUUACUACAGCUUCCUAAAAGAAGAAAGGCAUCUGAUUUCAUUUGAAUAUUCCGGUCACCAGUAAGGUGAUAGUGAACUGGCUGUACUCAACUGUCUGCAAAUGAGAUGUUGUGAGCCAUCAGUGUAAGGGGUGUCUAGAUAAAGCUGCCAGAAUGGAAGCCAGUGGUUGGAAAACCUGGGACCAGUGCUAGUCUAGACUAAAUAGCCUGUAAUGUGCUUUUUGGAAGCAGAGUAUGUCUUGCUGUGGUAUAACUUCCCUUUGAACUGCAUGGGUGGGAUGCACAGGGCUGUGGUAGAAAAAGAAUGCUUCCUGCAAUGGCAGAGAAGAUUCUGGACUCUCAGAAAAGGGUGAUAAUUUUUAAAGAUAGGUUUCUCUUUUUAAGAUGCCCAUGCAUUUAAAUACAUUACUGUACAGAUAUGUCUAUUUAUAAAAUGUGGUA